AUGGAGUCCGAGACGCUGGAACAGAUGCAGGCCCGCCACCGCAAGGAACAGCGCGACCUGGUCGCCCGCACCACGCAGAAGAAGAAGAACGCGACAAAGAAGACCCGCAAGGGCGUCAACGACGAGUGCGCCGACAUGGAGCGCCGGCUGCGGGAGAAGCAGGAGGAGGAAGUCGCCGCGCUCACCGGUGCCGGCGGCGCGGCGGCGGAGCCAGAAUCCGAAGACGAGAAGGAGGAUGAACAAGAUGCUGCGACGAGGGAUGUCGCGGAGAAGUUGGAAAAGACGACCAUCUCCGAACCGGCGCCACAAGAUCAAACACAAACGCAGGGCGGCGGCGGCAAGAAGCGCAACCGCCAAAAGGAACGCAUGGCCCGGCGCGCCGCGGAGCAGGAGGAGGCCAUGUCCAAGGCGGAGGAGGAGGCGAGCAACAUGACGGACCACCGCGGGAUCGAGAAGACGUACAUGCUCAACGAGUUCAAGGCGCACUCGCUGUCGGAGCAGGAGAUCGCGCCGGACGGGCACUGUCUGUUCUCCGCGGUGGCGGACCAGCUGCGGCACAAGGGCAUCCCGCUGGCGCCCGGGUCCGAACAGGAGGAGAAGGCCGCGCCGCCGUACAAGGUCGUGAGGAGGAGGGCGGCGGAGUGGAUGGAGGCGCACCCGGACGACUUCGCGCCGUUCCUGGAGGAGGGGUUGGAGGGGUACGUGGGCAAGAUCCGGGACACGGCGGAGUGGGGCGGGCAGCUUGAGCUGGUUGCGCUGUCGGGGGUGUAUGGGGUCGAGAUCAGGGUGGUGCAGGACGGGAGGACGGAGAGGAUCGGGGAGGGGGAGGAGGUGGUGUGGUUGGCGUACUACCGGCAUGGCUAUGGGCUCGGGGAGCAUUAUAAUUCAUUGAGGAAGACGACGGCUUAG